UUCCCAUCGCCUCGGGCUUCAACGAAGCGUUUGCUGUUUAGAGGAGACGAUUAAUGGUGGUGACGCCGUGACGGUGAUCGUAUCCUCCUAAAAGAGAGAAACUCUUGUCCGUAUUCGUGCGAACUGACUGACGCACUCAACAGCCACAUUCCAUGUUUCGCCUUCCAUAUUUUAUAAUUUACCAUUUGCUCUCCUCUUUCAGUUGCUUUUCUUGGUUUUCUUGCUCGACUUGCCUUUCUUCUUCUUCUCAGACAGCUCUGUUUUGCUGCAGUGGAGUGGCAGUGGUUCCUUCUCGGUCCUCGAGAGAAUAAAUCUCGCGUUGCCGUCCUUCCACCAUCUACGUUCGGUUGGUAGAUUUGCUGCGGGAGGCGUCGGAGCGAGGAGACUGGUUGAUUCCAUGGAGAAGAAACACGGGUUCUUCUCUACGCUCGAGGAAGUGGUGCGGGGGCUGUCGCCGGCGCGGCUGAGGACAAAGAACCCCGCGGCGAAGAGCGAAUCUUCUUCGGGAGCAAUUAUGAUCAACCCGCGGCGGCGGAAGGGGCAGGGCAGAGAGAGGCAGCCUCACCAGCCGUUGGAUCAGGAUCUGGCGGAGGCACCGAUGAUGGGGAGAUCGUCGAGCUUUCGGCCCGUAGGGGAGGCACUGUCGCCGCUGCUGGAGGGCCCAGACGGUGACGCGCCGGAGGAGGUUGGAAGUCAGAGGAGGGAAGGGUGGGGCCACUGGGUUCGCGGCCAGCUCUCGCGGACGCCUUCCGUCACGCCCUCUUCGGCUGCCGCCACCGGUUGUUCGUUUGGCACUUCAGACCUUCGGCUCUUGCUCGGAGUUAUGGGGGCGCCGCUCGCUCCCCUUCACGUCAGUACCGUCGAUCCUCUCCCACUUCUCAGCAUUAAAAACACUCCCAUUGAAACUUCAUCGGCUCAGUACAUACUGCAGCAGUAUACAGCCGCAUCGGGUGGUCUCAAGCUGCAAAGCUCUAUCCGCAACGCCUACGCGAUGGGAAAAGUGAGGAUGCUGGCGUCAGAGUUCGAGACACCAACCAAAGUGGUGAAGAACCGCGGUGGCGCAAACGCUGCGGAGUCCGGCAGCUUUGUUCUCUGGCAAAUGACCCCGGACAUGUGGUACGUCGAGCUCGCCGUCGGCGGGAGCAAGGUCCACGCCGGCUGCAACGGUAAGAUCGUUUGGCGGCACACUCCCUGGCUCGGUGCGCACGCUGCGAAGGGCCCUGUUCGCCCACUCCGCCGCGCCCUCCAGGGCCUUGAUCCUUUAACCACGGCGAGCAUGUUUGCAAGUGCACGUUGCAUCGGGGAGAAAAAGAUCAACGGGGAGGAUUGCUUCAUACUUAAGCUCUCCGCCGACCCGCAAACGCUCAAGGCCCGAAGCGAAGGCCCUGCAGAGAUCAUCCGACACGUCCUAUUCGGCUACUUCAGCCAGCGGACAGGGCUCCUGGUCCACUUGGAAGACUCCCAUCUCACUCGCAUCCAACCCAACGCCGGCGGUGACGCCGUCUACUGGGAGACCACAAUCAACUCUUUCCUCGAGGACUACCGCCCCGUCGAGGGUGUAAUGAUCGCCCAUUCCGGGCGCUCCGUGGUGACUCUGUUCAGGUUCGGUGAGGAGGCGAUGAGCCACACCAAGACGAGGAUGGAGGAGGUCUGGACGAUCGAAGAGGUAUCGUUCAACGUGCCAGGCCUCUCUGUCGAUUGUUUCAUCCCCCCUGCCGAGAUAAGGCGCCACUCCAUCAGCGGCGCCUGCGAGCAGCCUCAGGCAGAAAGGAUCAGGAGCAGAAGCAGCAUCGGAGGCCGGUCGAAAGUCGCCGCCAUACCCGCGGAGAAGCUGCAGGAUCCGAGCGACAACAAAAUCGUUUGGCGAAUCGAAGUGCCGCAGCGUCAUGCCCUUAAACAAGGAUCUGAUCGUUUUGUUAAUAUUGCCGGCUAAGUAAUUGACCACCGGAAAUGGAUCUCUGCAGUUAAUUUCAUCUUUGUGUUGCUUCCUCUGUAAAUAAGAGCAUAAUUUUUCUCAGGUCUUAAUUGUCAAAAAGGCCGGGCUGAAUUUUUGUACUCUGAAUGCAGAAGGAUACAGCAUUACCUAAAGAUUUAAAUGUGUAGUUGCGAACAGAGGCACAAUAUCGUUUUUCCUUCGGCUACUGCUGUAUUUCACUA